UCCAUCACUUCCGCAUUUCUUAAACUAAAAUAAACCCACAGCUUCUCACUUUCUUUUUCGAGUUAUAAACUUUGGGAUCUCAGAUAUUGAACGCAUCCACACUUUCCAAGCUUAAAGCUCUAAAGGGUUUGUUCCUUUCACCAUAACAAAAAUUGGGCCUCGUUUGUUUUGGUUUCAAGAAGGAUGAAGGUCACACUAGUUUCACGGAGUGGAAGAGAGGUCAUCAAAGGAGGCCUUGAGCUUCAUGACUCAGCCACUGUGGCUGAUCUGCAGGAGGCAAUUCACAAAAGAACUAAGAAGUUCUAUCCUUCAAGACAAAGACUAACACUUCCUGUGCCACCGGGGUCAAAGGAGAGGCCUGUUGUUCUUAACUACAAGAAGGGUCUCAAAGAUUACUGUGAUGGAAACCAGAACAAUAUAACUGUAGUGUUUAAGGACCUGGGUCCUCAAGUAUCUUAUCCUACACUUUUCUUCUUUGAAUAUUUGGGUCCUUUGAUCCUUUAUCCCACCUUCUACUACUUCCCUGUGUACCAGUUCUUUGGUUAUAAAGUGGAGCGUGUCAUCCACCCUGUUCAAACAUAUGCUUUAUAUUACUGGUGUUUCCACUACUUCAAACGUAUUAUGGAAACAUUCUUCAUCCACCGCUUCAGCCAUGCAACAUCUCCACUAUCAAAUGUCUUCAGAAAUUGUGCUUAUUACUGGACCUUUGGUGCUUACAUUGCUUACUAUGUAAACCACCCGCUUUACACCCCUGUUAGUGACCUCCAGAUGAAGAUUGGUUUUGGGUUUGGGUUGAUUUGUCAACUCGCAAACUUCUAUUGUCAUAUCAUACUGAAGAAUCUACGUAGCCCUGAUGGUAGUGGAGGGUAUCAAAUUCCUAGUGGUUUUCUGUUCAACAUUGUGACAUGUGCAAAUUACACAACAGAGAUUUACCAAUGGCUGGGUUUCAAUAUUGCUACACAGACUGUUGCAGGUUAUGUAUUUCUUGUGGUUGCUACUUCUAUCAUGACCAACUGGGCCCUUGCAAAGCACCGCCGCUUGAAGAAGCUAUUUGACGGUAAGGAAGGAAGGCCCAAGUACCCCCGCAGAUGGGUAAUUCUCCCCCCAUUCCUGUAGAAUUGAUGUGUGAACCUGCUACUUAUUGGUCUCCUCAGUAUCAAACUGCAAUCUAGAAGCAUUUAUUCAAGUGUAUUGAAGAUUCAAUUCUUGUCAGUUUAGAACUGAAGAUCACUCCCCACAAAAGUUGUUUUGAUUAAUUUUGCUUUUCUGUUUAGACAAGUUGCUCUUUGGUGGAAGAAAUAAUUUCAUUAUGACAGAACAUCAUUGCUGGUUUAAGCCAUUAAUGUAGGUUGUUAUGUGAAUUGUGAUGAUCAGUUCUAUCAAUAUUCCAUUGCAUAAGGCAGAUGCCAUUAUCUGA